AUGAAGACAUAUCGCUAAAAAAUGAGUGAAAUGAUGGGUGAUCUUACUCUGGAGGAUUUUCCAGUAGAAAAUGAUGGAAACAAAACCUUUAUUCAAGCAUCUGCUGCUUCAGCUACAUACAAUAUGACAGGGUUAGAGGAGGAAGAUAUUCGCAGGUUGACCCUUUUCCUGGUUCCUGUUGCAUUUGGUAUUAUUCUGACCGUUGGGCUGGUGGGAAAUAUACUGGUUAUUGCAGUGGUUGCAACGAACCCUCAGAUGCGAAACACGACGAACCUCUUGAUUCUUAACCUAGCAGUUGCAGAUCUACUGUUUCUCAUCAUGUGCGUUCCUUUUACAGCUGUUGAUUAUGUUCUCAUGUCAUGGCCGUUUGGUUUGGUUUGGUGCAGAACUGUACAGUACUUGAUCUACGUGACUGCAUAUGUUUCCAUCUAUACACUAGUUCUAAUGGCAGGGGACAGGUUUCUAGCCGUAGUGUUCCCUGUCUCUUCUCUCAGUAUUAGAACAAUGCAACACGCUAAGGUUGCCAUUGCGAGCACAUGGGUUAUCAUAUUCCUGGUUUCACUUCCGGUCUGGUUCUCACACAAUAUCCUCUCACACAACGGAGUGGAUUUCUGUCAGUUUGACAGUCUUCAACACAGCUAUUUUGGUUUCCAUGUCGGCUUCUUUGUGACGUCAUUUGCACUUCCGGUAGUGCUAAUCCUCAUCAUGUACAUCAUUAUGCUAUCCAGACUUUGGGCUUCAACUACAUACAGGAUAUCAAAGCAAGGACUAAAAGCUAAGAAGAGAGUAACAAAGCUUGUAUUUGCAGUUGUCAUUGCGUUUACAGUCUGCUGGAGUCCAAUCCAAGUUGUGUUGGUGUUAAAAUCUUUAAAUAAUCAAGAUUGGGAUACACAGUACAACAAGAUAGUUAUACAGAUUGUCUCCCAUGUAAUGGCGUACACAAACUCCUGUUUAAACCCAAUCCUCUACGCUAUGAUGUCUAAAAAUUUUAGAUGCGGUUUCUGCCAGGUCAAAAAAUAA